UUUACAGACGUCCACAAAGACCACCACAACUACAAUGACCACCCCUGCAAAAUUAUAUGGAAAAGAUUUGAGUGUUUACGAUGAUGUAGAUGUUGAUGAACUACUGGAUAAAUUAACCGCUGAAGAAAUUAGUAUUUUAGCAAAGGAGGCUGAUCCUGAUGAUAGUUUUUUACCUCCCUCCCAAAGGACUAGUUAUGAAUGUGAUAAGGAUCCAACGGGGCCCCUCAAUAGGAAAAAGUUAAUAGAGCAUAUAAAUAAGGAAGCUAUAGAAACCCCUGAUAUACCUGAAUUGGAACCUUACGUUGCUGGCAUGGUACGAGGGAAAAAAUGGAUUCCUCCGCCUCCGCCAGCGAAAGAACAAGAGGCUGAAGAACAAAUCGCAGUAGAUUUAGGAGAUGAAUAUGAACAAGCCUUGACUGAUGCUUCACAGGAGGAAAUUAUAGACUUAGCCGCUAUCCUUGGUUUCCAUUCUAUGAUGAACCAAGAUCAAUACCAUGCGUCGCUUCUAAACAAAGGCCAACCGGUCGGUUUAGGUUGGGACGGCAUCACAAAAGCCUCCAAACCCAAACUAUUCCCCAUGGAUCCACCUAAUAUGACAGACACAGACGAAACGGUCAAGAAAGUUCAAGACGACGAUGGCAAGUUCAUCGACUUAAAUUGGAACAAUAUUAAAAAUAUAUCAGACGAAAAAAUCGACAGAUUGUUCGAGGCCCUCUGUAGCAACACACAUCUCGAAACGUUGUCGUUAGUGAAUUGCGGUCUGGCCGACAGACACGUGGAGAAGCUGGGCAGGGCGAUCGAGGAGAACGGUACCUUGAGGGUGAUCAACGUCGAAACGAACUUCAUUUCGCCCCAAGGCAUCGUCCGGUUGGUCAAAGCCCUGCUCAAGAAGAAGACUGUCGAAGAAUUUCGGGCGGCAAACCAGAGGUCACAGGUGUUGGGUAACAAAAUUGAAAUGGAGAUCACCCAACUCAUCGAGAAAAAUCCGACGAUAUUAAGGCUGGGAUUGCAUUUAGAAUACAACGAUGCCCGGCAUCGUAUCGCCAAACACCUACAAAGAAAUAUUGACACAAAACGUCGUCGAGUGAUGGCGAAAUACCAGGUAACUUUGGGAAAACAGGGAAAACCGGCGAAAAUCGUUCGCACAGAAUAAUAUUGACCUAUACGAAAAGACUUGAAAUUGCGGCUGCAGUUCAGGUUUUUUAA